AUGGAGAAGGUUGAGACAGAUGUGCAGAGUAUGGCCACUCAUUUGAAUAACAUCGACACACAGAUCAGCCAGAUUUCCCAGACUGUGAGUACUAUUACUCAACCGGGAAAGUUCCCUUCGAACACCAUUAUAAAUCCCAAAGAUUGCAAAGCUGUGCAGUUGAGGAGUGGAAAAAGUUAUGAUGGACCUGCAAUGCCAGCAGAGGAUAGAGUAACAGAAAAGGGACCUGAAGAGAAGGAGUUAGUCGAGGAAGUUGAGACCGAGACAGUACAUAUUACUUCCCCACCUAAGGAGAACGCGGUCCCAACUCUACCUACAACACCUGCAGACGCUCACACUCCCACCGACGUGAGGAUUCCCUAUCCUCAACGUGUGCAGAAGAAGAAGACAGAUGCACAGUUCUCGAGAUUCUUUGAUAUAUUUAGGAAGGUGCAGAUAAACAUCCCAUUGGUGGAGGCACUACAGCAGAUGCCGAGCUAUGCCAAGUUUCUGAAGGAUGUGGUUUCCAACAAGAGGAGAUGGAUGGAGUAUGAGACGGUGAAUUUGACUGAAAGCUGCAUCGCCAUUAUUCAGAAGAAGUUGCCAGCUAAAUUGAAGGAUCCUGGAAGUUUUACCAUCUCUUUGCAUAGUGGGAGAUUGUCAAGAAGGGAGAGCGUUAUGUGA